CACCCUCUCCGUAGGGCACCAGGGAGCCAUCACGAACUAUAAGUAUAAAGACCCUUGGUUGAUUCCGUCAGAGAUUCAUUCAUUCUCGACAUUGCCAAUUGAGUUUCUCAGUCACUUGAAGUUCCGGAGUCAUUCCUCUUGUUACUGUCAGGUCAGGUGGGUGUUACUAUAUACCUACCUAGGUACUAACUAUAAAGGCUUCGCUUUCUUCCGUUCUCCCAACCUCCCUUCCCCCCUCCCCUCAGGCCCCAGCUAUUUUACUCUUUCCCCCUCUUCCCCCCUCUUCCUCUUUCUAAGAAAAUCCUCUCAAAUUCGCAAUGUCUGUCUCCAUCGAAACAAACACCACGCCUGUCGCCCCUGUCUCCAAGCAGGAAGGCCUGUGCGUCGGAACCAAGUCCAGACUGGCUGAAUUCAGCCUGGCUGGAAAGGUCAUCUGUGUUUCCGGUGCUGCUCGUGGCCUUGGCUUGACUCAGGCAGAGGCUCUCCUCGAAGCUGGUGCUCGUGUUUAUGCUCUGGACCGCCUAGAGGAACCGUCCCCUAACUUUUUUGAAAUCCAAAGGCGUGCUAAGGACGAGUUUGGCACCGAUUUCCAGUACCGCCGCAUUGAUGUUCGUGACACUGAGCUUCUACACAACACCAUUGAAGCCAUCGCAAAUGCGGAAGGCCGCAUGGAUGGUCUUGUUGCCGCCGCUGGUAUCCAGCAAGAGACUCCCGCGUUGGAAUACACAGCCCAGGAUGCGAACAGAAUGUUUGAAGUCAAUGUCACUGGAGUGUUCAUGACCGCUCAGGCAGUAGCCAAGCAGAUGAUUCGAUUCGGAAACGGAGGAAGUAUCGCGUUGAUUGCGAGCAUGAGCGGCACUAUUGCCAAUCGCGGUCUUAUCUGCCCUGCUUACAACGCUAGCAAGGCUGCCGUGAUCCAGCUCGCCCGCAACCUUGCUUCCGAGUGGGGUCAGUACAACAUUCGUGUUAAUACCAUUUCCCCUGGCUAUAUUGUCACUGCCAUGGUUGAGCAGCUGUUCGUCGAGUUCCCCGAGCGCCGCGAGGAGUGGCCUAAGCAUAACAUGCUAGGUCGUUUGUCCUCCCCUCAGGAGUACCGUGGUGCUGCCGUUUUUCUUCUCAGCGACGCUAGCAGCUUUAUGACUGGAAGUGAUCUGCGCAUUGAUGGUGGCCACGCCGCCUGGUAGUUCCUCUCCAGACUCUUUUUUUUUUUUUUUUUUUUUUUGCCUUUGUUCUCGAUUCUAGCCGGCUUUUUUUCUUUUCGACUCUGCUUAUCUUCCGGGCUUUCCUGCAUGGCGUUCUUAGGAAGCGAAAGUUCACAAUUCCGAUUCCAUGGCUUGUCACGAAUCCUGUUAUCUUCAUCAUCCCCUCUAAUCCUCGCUUUGUUUUUUUUCGAGGGCUCAGUUUGCAGUUUGCAGCGUACCCACCAUUCCCACGUUC